AUGGUUUUGCAGUCGCCGCCGUUGAACACCACCGCCUUCUCCCCCUACGCCGCGAAGAAGAAGAAUCUCACUCACCGGAACAGAAAAUUAGCCGUCCGGAGCUCGAAAUGGACUCCGUCUCGCGAUUUCACUGCGCCGGCCGGCGGCGGCGCCGCCGCCGCGGCGAGAGGCGUAAUACUAAAGCGAUUCGCCGAUGAAGAACCUGUGAGUUACGGUAGAAAGUAUUACAGUAGCAGUGUAGGUCAGGAUCCUAUUGUAGAUAAACUGAGGAACGAGUUAGGGUUCAUUCAUCCAUUUCCUUCGCCAUUACUAAACAGCAAUGUGUUUUUCCUAUUUACGUUUUUCUUCUUCGUCGGUGUUGUUUUCGACAAAGUUUGGAGGCUGGGGAAGUCUAUCGGCGGCGGCGGUGGUGGUGGGGAGGCGGAGAGUUUUAUCUCCGGCAGCGGCGGAGGGGGAGUCUGGUUGUUUCUGGACAAGGAUUUGCAGAGGAAGGAGUCGGUGGAGUGGGUGAACAUGGUGUUGGGGAAGCUGUGGAAGGUGUACAGGGGAGGGAUUGAGAAUUGGAUAGUAGGAUUGUUGCAGCCAGUUAUUGAUAAUCUGCAGAAGCCAGAUUAUGUGCAGAGGGUGGAGAUAAAGCAGUUUGAGUUGGGGGAUGAGCCGUUGUCGGUUAGGAGCGUCGAACGCCGGACUUCGCGCCGCGACAAUGACUUGCAAUACCAAAUAGGCCUUCGCUACUCUGGUGGUGCACGUAUGCUUCUACUCUUGUCGCUUAAAUUUAGUAAACUUCCUAUAAUUGUGCCGGUGGGUGUCCGGAACUUUGAUAUUGAUGGUGAAUUAUGGGUCAAACUGCGGCUAAUAGCUACAGAGCCAUGGGUGGGAGCUGUCUCAUGGGCUUUUGUUUCACUUCCGAAGAUAAAGUUUGAGUUAUCACUCUUUCGCUUAUUCAACCUAAUGGCCAUACCUGUCCUCUCAAUGUUUUUGACAAAACUUCUCACAGGGGAUUUACCUAAGUUAUUCGUGCGUCCCAAAAAAAUAGUUCUAGAUUUUCAAAAGGGUGAAGCUGUUGGACCAGUUCGGGAAGAUUCCAAAUCUGGAGAAAUGCAAGAGGGAAACAAUGAUUUUUCUGGAGAGCUGUCUAUAACACUACUAGAUGCUCGAAAACUAAGCUACAUAUUCUAUGGCAAAACUGAUCCGUACGUGAUUCUAAAAUUGGGGGACCAGGUGAUACGUAGUAAACGAAACAGCCAAACUACUGUGAUUGGACCCCCUGGCGAACCUAUCUGGAAUCAGGAUUUUCACAUAUUGGUUGCAGACCCUAAGAAGGAAAAACUAUGCCUUGAAGUUAAGGAUUCUGUAGGAUUCACCGACUUGAUUGUCGGGACUGCAGAGGUUGAUCUUGGAUCUCUAAAAGACACUGUUCCAGCAGACAGACUAGUGGCAAUUAAAGGAGGUUGGAGCCCUUUUGGGAAUAGAUCAGCUGGCGAAAUCCUACUGCGUUUGACGUACAAAGCCUAUGUCGAGGAUGAAGAAGACGAAAGGUCCGAGAAAGUAGAGGAUGAGUUGUCUGAUUCUGAUGAACCUAAUGUCAGAAUCCCUGAGUGGAGUAAGAAGGGCAUAGAAUCGGAGAAAGAAACUUUCAUGAAUGUCCUUGCUGCCUUGUUAUUAAGUGAGGAAUUUCAAGGUAUAGUAACGUCCGAGACUACUAAUGGCAAGCCUAUAGAUGUGGGAGCAUCUGGUAAAGCUUUAGAACCAAAUACACGUCCCGUUGAAUCCAGACAACGGAUCCCUUCUAGUAAAGACACUAGUUCUCAAGGAUCAACUUUGUUGUGGCUUGCUUUUGUGACAACCUCCAUAGUUGUUACAGCAAUGAGUAUUAGCGGCACAAGUUUGUUUAAUCCUUAACACAAUCAGGAGCCAACAAUGCAACUUAACCUUGUGAGGUAAUAAGAAAUUUUUGCGAAAUUUUUCUAGGCGAUAAAAUAGUGGUGCUUUAUAGAGCUUAGAUAGAGCAUUUCUGCACAUUGCUAGUUUUUUGACACAUGGGGAAUUCUUCAGGAAGCAUAUUUAGUUAUACAGAAUCAGUACAUAUAUGUUGUUGUGUAUCACUUUCAUCCCUUUACCUUAAGAGAAAGGGGAUCAGAUUGGUUUCUUUUAUACAUGUAACUCCUACUUGAAAUGUGUAGCUAAUCUUUUAUAUCAAACACACAUAUUGGUUAUCCAAUGAUGCUUGUGAUCUAUGUCAACUGUAGCAAUUCGACUCAUUUUAAUUCUAGCUUCCCUAGAUGACUGGAAAGAAUAAUUGUAUCUUAAAUAUCUGGCGAAAUAGUAUAAAACAGACCCGUGGUUUAUGAAAAUUGCACGAAAUCCCCUAUUGUUUAAAAAUUGCAUCAGACUCCUUUACGGUUUAAAAUUUUUUGCAUAUAAACCUCUUUUCAUUAUUAGUGAAUGGUGGCUUGAACUUCUGUAUUACCUUCGAAAUUAGGGCGUAUAUCGCUGUUAACUAAUAGUGGAAAGGGGGUUAAAUACAAAAUUUUUAAAACCAUAAGGGAGUCUAACAGCAAUUUUUAAAUAAUGGGGGGUUUCGUGCCAUUUUCAUAAAGCAUAAGUGGAUUUUAUGAUAUUUUGUCUAAAUAUAUAUGGUGUAGACUACAUGCAAUAAAGAUAUAUUGCUGUUAAAACUGAACAUACCUGGUUUAUAAGGUCCGGAUCCGAAGCAAUCCUCUUCUCCGCCAUAGCUCAUACACAGUCAUGUAAAAGGCAUCAUAAUCCACAGGGACAGUAUGCCACCUGAAGUGCUUCCUAACCAUAACUAAGUUUCGAUACAGCGAUGUGUACAUCUGCUCGGACACAGAUGUCAGGAUGUGCUUCAGGAGAGCGAUAUCCCUUUGGUUAACUAUGAUUGAAAACUUGCUCCAAUCCAAGACAUUAGCAAACGGAAGGUCGUAGUAAUUGGAUAUUAGGACGGGAAUACAACCAAAGUGGAUAGCGUCCAUUACUCUGGCUGUAUUUACCUCGUAGCCCUUUACAUGCAGGCAGUAUUUGCUUGUCCGGAAUCCUUCUUCGUAGGGAAAAGAUGGAGGCCCGGAGAAUAUGCUAAAGGAAGUAUCGUUUACCCAUAGGUUUAGCAGCUCUUGUCGGAUAGCUGAGUUUUGAACCCGACCAGCAAAGAAGGCAAGUUUGUUCCUGCGAUUAUACAUUAUAUAGCAAAUCCAUUAAUGACGUAUAUAUAUAUGUAGAAUUGUAGGAAAGCACGGCACACCUUGCAUUUGGAGGAUUCAAGGAUUCAUCAUGGGGGCGAGGCCAAAUUUGAGGCAAUGCUAUAUCUUUAUGUGCAGAGAAAAGCCUCUGGAAAUAGUUCGACGAACAAGUGAUCUGAAUGGCAUUGUUGCGCAGACCAAAAUGGAGGGAGGCAGCAUCGCGCCCAACUGAAUGGCAGCAAACAAAGAAGUGAUCAGCACCUCCGGAUGCAUUCCAAAAGGGUAAUCGAGAGCUAAUCCUCGUAACAUAGUUGGCAACAAACUUGGAAAUGGCGGACUCUGAAUGCACGUGCGGAUGAUUACGCAUCACAUUGAUGGAAAAAGGCAUGUAGAAGAAGUGAGCCUCCUCGGGAUUUGCAGUAACAAGGGAGCUGUCUACAAGAGCAAUCUUAAAUGCAUGCUCGCUGAAAUAAUUCCCGAUUUUUGGAUCCAUCAGAUUAGGAUGGGGAAGAAAGAUUCGGGCAAGUGGAGAUGAAUUGUCAUUCUCUGGGUACACAAAGAUCUUGAGCUUCUUUAUCAUCUCUUGAUAAUCUACACUGAAAAGUUCCCAAUCGUGAUAAGGGCAUCCUUGCGUGGUGUUGCAGUCACAAUAUAAUUCUAAUGAACAGUUGUGAAUCUCUUUGGGCGUCCCCUCUGUCUUAAGCUGAAAUUCCUUUACAAUGUUAGCCUCAUUGGUCAGUAAAAUCUCAGACCAGAGUACGAAACUCGUGAAGAAGACGAACAAAAGGAUCACAGAUUGUGCAAAGAGAAGAAAGUACGGAUUCCAAUUGUUCCGAUAGUGAACACGAAGCUGCAUCAAUCUCCGUAAGCCGCAGAUGCAUAAGAUCAUUGCUCCUAACAGUCAUUACAGCACCAGAAGAUGACAAGAAAGAUUAACUGUCGCAGAUCAACACAACAUGAAUCAGAUUCAUUGAGAGCAUGUAUAAAAUGUGACAGACGCUUGGAUCAGAACAACAUCACAUCACCAGAAGGUGACAAUAAGAAAUUAACUAUCGCAGAUGAACACAACAUGAAUCAGCUUCAUUCAGAGCAUGUAUGAAAAGUGACGACGCUUGUAUGAGAAAAACCACGUGAAUCAAAAAUCGGUAGAUCUGAUUUUACCAACAGUAA